ACCAACUUUUUAAUCCCACCUAUAUAAAACCCAUAGAUUUUCCCUUUUAAAAAAUAGAUCCCUUUCUUUGUUCAUUUCUUCAGCAGUUUAUGUUUAGGAGCUUAUCAUUUCUUUGUACUUGGACAUAGCGGUUUUCUGUGUGAAGGUAUAUAAAUAGUCAACAGAGGUGUAGACUGCUCUGUUUUUUGUGCAGGCGACUGUCAAAGACUACAAAUCUGAUUGCAAAGUUUACCUUCCUUUUCCUGCUAGAAAUAAAACCCUUCUUUGGGAUUAUGAAAAAUAUCAAAUCUUUGAUGUUUUGGAUCUUCAUCCUCUCCAUAUUUAGUUUAAAUUUGUGGUGCAAUGGAGAGGCUGAGAGUGAGGCAGCUCCAAUGAAGAGCGGGGAGAAAGCAGCUCUGUAUUCUACUAUUCAAACUUUCGUGGGAAAAUGGUGGAAUGGUUCGGAUCUUUAUCCGGAUCCUUGUGGUUGGACUCCCAUUGAGGGUGUUUCAUGCGAUCUGUUUGAUGGAUAUUGGUAUGUGACAGAGUUAAGCAUAGGAUCUCUUCAUGAAAACUCCCUAAAUUGCGCAGAAUAUGCUGAUUUCAGCCCUCAUCUCUUUGCACUAAGCCACCUGAAAUCUCUCUUAUUCUUCAACUGCUUCACGGCGUUGCGCCACCGCCCUAUCCCAAUCCCUUCUCGGAGUUGGGGAGCUCUCGGAGCAAGCUUGGAGUCGCUGGAGUUCCGGUCAAACCCCGGGCUAACGGGGCGAAUCCCGCCUUCUCUUGGGGAACUCAAGAGUCUUAAAUCAAUGGUGCUGGUGGAGAAUGGACUGAGUGGUGAAUUGCAUCCAUUCAUAGGCAAUUUGAAGGAAUUGGAGCGUUUGAAUCUUGCUGGGAAUUCAUUUGUAGGCCAAAUACCUCAUAGCUUGGGAGGGCUAAAGCAAUUGUUGAUUCUUGAUUUGAGCAGGAAUUUACUAUCUGGCCCUUUGACAUUGAGUUUUGGAGGGAUGGUCCCACUCUUGAAGCUUGAUUUGAGCUACAACAAACUGCAUGGGAAUAUCCCAGAAAGUCUUGGGAACUUGAAGAAUUUGACACUUUUAGACCUCAGCAACAACAGAUUGAGAGGUGGGAUCACUAAAUCACUAGAGAAUUUGGAGUUCUUGCAAGAACUAGUCCUCUCAAACAACCCCAUUGGAGGUGGGCUAAUGGAGCUCCAGUGGGAGAGAAUGACGAGCCUAGCUGCGCUUGAGCUUUCGAACGCAAGCCUGACAGGUGGCAUUCCAGAGUCGAUGGCCCGUCUCCGGGGGCUGAGGUUUCUGGGGCUCAACAACAACAUGCUGACAGGGGAGAUCCCAUCAAAUCUUGCAAGUUUGCCUAAUGUUGGUGCAAUGUAUCUUCAUGGUAAUAAUUUGACAGGGGAGCUUGAAUUCUCUGCUUUGUUUUACGGCAAAAUGGGGAGAAGAUUCGGUGCAUGGGAUAAUCCAAAUCUUUGCUACCGUGUGCAUGCAACUUAUAUGCCUAAAGGGGUGAAACAAUGCCAAAAGGAUGUGAUGAGAUUUCUCAAACCUCUCGUUUCAUUAGGAUCACCACUAUUAGUAUCAUCUUGUGUUAGGAACUUGGUUUUUGUUAUGUUUAUUGUAGAUAUAGUUAUUUGAGGGGGAUGAUAGACCUAGUUCUAAUAUAGUAGGAUUUGAGUUAUGUCGUAUUUUAAGGUUGAGGUCACUGGCGGAUCCAGGUGGGGUCGGGCGGGGUCGGCCGACCCCACCACCUGCCCCGGAAGGCUACUUUCUUCGGCCUCCGACCCUACGGCGUUCACGUCUCCGCCCCCACCUCACGUCCUCACGCCGUGUGAGAUGAUGGGGAGACUGAUCAGAGAGAAAGGAAGGAAGUGAGGCAGCCGGAUGGGUAGACUGUUGUCGAGAACAAAGGAGUUGGAGGGGAAGAGUCCUUCCGCGGUUUUUGUUUUCGAAGAGAAAGAGGAAUAGUAUUGGAGAUGUCAUUAUUAUUUUCUCAUCCCUAUAUUCACUCGUGAAAUAUAAUA